AUGUCAACCAUUCAGCAGCUCAAGAACUUUAUUCGUCAUGGCAAGCAGGCCAGGGUAGCUAACAACUACGACGAGUCCCAAAAACACGACAACUCGGCUCUUCGCCACGAUCCUGUUAAGAACAUGGCGCCGGUGUCAGAACCUGGAUAUGGCGGAGUACCAGCUCACCAGCCUGCGCCGGCCGCCUAUUCAGUCCAACCGGGCAACGACGCAACGAACCGUGCUGCGCAGGCUGGCAACGUCGCCGCCCACCACGCCGAAGUCGACCAAGGUAUCCAACAUGGAAUCCCAAAGAGCAAGAGCAAGCGCAUCGACGAGAGCAACAUUGCCAAGCUGGUCGCCGAGGAGGCUGCAAGCAAGUCUAAAUUCCCCAAGUACCCUGGUUUGGAGAAUUGGGAGCUUCUGGAGAAGAUGGGAGACGGUGCCUUCAGCAACGUAUAUCGAGCUAGGGACCUUGAGGGCAAGAUGCCAGGCGAGGUAGCCAUAAAGGUUGUCCGCAAGUUUGAAAUGAGCAGUAUGCAGCGCGCAAACAUUCUCAAAGAGGUGCAAAUAAUGCGCCAGCUUGACCACCCCAACAUCAUCAAGAUGGUCGAUUUCAGCGAGUCAAAACAAUACUACUACAUCAUUCUCGAGUUGGCACCAGGUGGCGAACUAUUCCAUCAAAUUGUCAGACUGACAUACUUUAGCGAGGAAUUGUCAAGGCACGUUAUCGUGCAGGUUGCCAAGGCCCUUGAAUAUUUGCAUGAGGAGCGGGGAGUUGUUCACAGAGACAUCAAGCCUGAGAACAUUCUCUUUUCGCCAAUUCCAGUCGUACCAUCGAAGCACCCCAAGCCGAAGCAACCCGGCGACGAGGACAAGGUCGAUGAGGGCGAGUUCAUCAAGGGUGUUGGUGGCGGUGGCAUUGGCCAGAUCAAGAUUGCCGAUUUUGGUCUGUCUAAGAUCGUGUGGGACAAUCAAACCAUGACGCCCUGCGGCACCGUCGGUUACACCGCGCCGGAAAUUGUCAAAGAUGAACGCUAUUCAAAGUCGGUCGACAUGUGGGCCCUUGGGUGCGUUUUGUAUACGCUACUGUGUGGCUUCCCACCAUUCUACGAUGAGAGCAUCGAGAUCCUCACGGAGAAAGUCGCCAAGGGCCAGUACACUUUCCUCUCGCCGUGGUGGGAUGACAUCUCCAAGUCGGCACAGGAUUUGAUCAGCCAUCUCUUGACUGUGGAUCCAGAGAAGCGCUUUACAAUCACCGAAUUCUUAGCACACCCCUGGAUUCGCGGGUCGGGACCGACGCCCCGCGACGAGAAGAAGCUUGCUCCCGACGGCAUGCUUCGCGCUUUCGAUGCCGGAAGGCUACAGGAUGGCGAUCGCCGGUACGACUUUAGGUCUCCUGGUGCCGUCAACCUGCGCGAGGUGUUUGAUGUUGGUUACGCUGUACACCGACAGGAGGAAGAAGGCAAGCGCCGCAAGCAGGUUGGGGCCAAGGCUGGUGGAAUGCCAGCCAUACUCAACAACCUCAAUGAGGAGGAUGAGGACGCCAGCAUGCGUGAUGCUGACAGCGAUGAGAGUGGCGAGUACUCGCAUAAGAAAUCGGGGACCAACACAACACAGGCGCUGGAGCAGAGCAUGCGUAACACCAAUAUCCGCGGUGAAAAGGAGGCCCAGCGUGGUCGGGAGCGCGAAAGUAACAAAGGCGUCCCGACUGCGGCUGGUGAGCCUCAGCAACGCGGUUAUGGACAGCACUCGGCAGCGGUGACAGCUGCUGCGAGACAGCAGGUGCGGGAUCGCAACCGACAGAAGGGGGCGUUUGAGCUGAACCUCGACGGCGCCACACUGUUGGGGAGGAGAGGAGUGAAACAGGCACCCCCUGUUGCAUGA